AUGGAACCAGUCGAAGGUCAGGGAAGCCCCCAUAAAGUCCUUGACAGACUCUUCAAAACUACAAAGACUUCCACUAUCCCCCAUCUCACAGAACUUCGCAAGGCCCUGGGCUACGGCAACCCAGGCCAAGAACAGGACAUCGCCUUUAAAAGGGCAAUCAGAGCCCAGAUCGAGUCUUUUGUAUCCCCUAGCACCAAAAUACCUGCAUACAAACUCACCAAGUGGAGGUUGCCUCUUCACCAGAGAGGACUCCAAGAGGUCACCAAAGACUUCCUCGAUACCAAGGGAAAGGGGCCUGAAUUCUGGCCUGCGAGGCACGACUCCGUUAACACCAGGUGCCUUGAGUAUUCUAAAGACUCUUCUCGGAUACGUCGUCUCAUGAUCAAAGUCUUUUGGCGUGCAGCCCGAGAGUACAAGCGAAACAAGCCCUCAAACUCUACCACUACGAAGCUAUCAUCACAGCCUAGCGAUAGAGACACCUUACCUUCAAAACCCCUGGAUACGCCGGCUGACGACAAACACCAAGUCCUCGAUAACAACUCGCAUAUUCUCAAAGGCCAGAAUAUCGACAACCCUAUAGAUGUUGAGAGCAUGCAGUCCGGAACCAACACAUCAGGACUGUCCACAGACGAUCACUUUGCAGGCCUUGGAAUUGCUUUCAAUUUUAUUCUUGGUGCACAGCGACAGGAUACGCCUGAUGAGAGCUCAAGCUCGGAGCCCUUUUCGUCUUCACAAUUAGUCCCUGACACAGAGGGAACUAUGAUGCCUAUUCCCGAGGAAGCAGAGAGCGCGUCCAGGACAGACGUGUACGAAGUGCCUCCAAGCCCUCCAGAGGUCACUGAAACUGCACAGAGUAAUGGCAAGCGCCCGGUCGAGCCAGACCCCGAUGAUCUCAGCCGCCAGGCCAAAGUCCCCAGACAAGAUGCAAGCACGUCUGCGAAACCGACACGCCAACCUCCAAAGAGUACUCGAGGUGGCAGAAAGUCACAGAGCUUACGUCCCGAAGUCCGAAGCUCUAAAAGACAGAGAAAGCCAGUCUGUCGACCAGGAGCUGCUACAGAAGAACAGAUUCAAGCUGCUGAGAACCCGACCCCAACCUCAACUCCGUCACCUCCCCCAGCUGUAGCUGGACCUCAGCGCAGAAGUAAUGCGAGCCAAAGCAAACAACCCUCGACCACCACUAAUGAUUCCACCUCAAGAAUUUCAGCCGGGGAAACACAAGGCCAAUCUCCAACCGGAGCUAUCAGAGCAGAGCUAGCUCGCCAGGCUGAAAGGCAGACUACAGAGGCAGCUAUAGCAGCGGGUGUAGACCAAGAACUAGAUGCCCGCGGUACGUCUACCACUGACCUCUCCGCUAAAGCUCAAGGAAAGCUACCUGAGGUGCCGGUCAGGAAAACCCCAACGGUUCAAGCUGGGCCAAGUCGGGAGCGGGCCGCAGAGUCUACGGUCAGACCAGAGGCCAGUGCUGUGAGCCAACAAAGGAGCCGCUCUGGGAAUCUGGACCCUGACGAUACACAGCGAACAGUGCCGCAUGGACGUGAAAUAGCCAUCGUCAUAAGAUCCAACAUAGCUAAUGGCGUUGACUUCAUGUCUUGGAAGCCGUCAUCUUUCUUAUUCAACAUGUCUCUUGCGGAUGUGGCUGAGGAGUUGGGGUUGAGGCACGGCCGAACCCUUCACAUGUCUCUCAGAGGCCGAAUAUCCAACUUGUGUGAAAAGUUCGAGCCCGGCGACGAAGAUGGAUUUGAGUCCUUCAAAUAUGAGUGCCUGGGAGUUAUUAUGCAGCGACAUUCUGGUGCUGCAUCUACUAUUUACUUUUCGGACAAGCCAAUUUCUAUCUGA